AUGCCGCACAAGCACAGGAGAAGAGGUAAUGGGGAUGACGAUUAUGAUCUCCCUCCCACCUCGAUAGCAAAGUCUCUCCCUACUAGGAUAGAAAAGGCAGAUUCAAAGCCUAAAAAUGGACAGACCACAAAGAAAGAGCCCAAGCAAAAGCGCUCCGCUACCAAGCCGCUGCAAGAUGACACCCCCAAGGCCUUUGCGCGACUCAUGCGGGUAUAUCAAGAAUCAAACGGCAGGCGGAAACAGGGAGACCGAGGCGCAGAGUUAGACUUGAGUGAACAGAACAGUCGCAAAAGGAAGCGUCAAAAUGAUAAAAAUCAGCAAAAUAUAUCGAACAAGAACGUCAAAUCGAAGGCAGGAGGGGAUGUGAAGGAGACGAAUAUCCCAAAGAUUCUACCGGGAGAAAAGAUAUCGGAAUUUGCUGCGAGAGUCGAUCGUGCACUACCAUUCUCAGAAUUAGCCAAACGAGCAUCUCUACCAAAAGGAGGGAAGGACGCUGUGUUGGGGAAAAUGCGGGAUACUAGACAGACGAAGCACGAGAAAAGAUUGUUACGGCUACAAAGUCAAUGGCGUGAAGAUGAUCGAAAGUUCCGAGAGAAGCGCCAAGCAGAAAUUGAAGAAGCUGAGGGUGAGGAUGAGGAGAUCAACGAACAAUGGAAAGAAUGGGAGCGUGAAGCCGGGGUUGGCGUUAAAGGGAAAAGUAAGAAAGCUAGCCUAGCACAGAAGAAGAAGAAAAAGAAGAAAGCAGCUGUGGAUGGACAUGACGACAAUGAGGCUAUAAGUAGCGACGACGAUGACGAUCCAUGGGCGAAAUUGAACCAAAGAGCGAAGGUUACGAAGUCAGUCAACCCGGCCGAUGUUGUCCAGGCUCCUCCAGAGAAACUGGCAAAACCUAGAGAAAUAUUCAAAGUACAUGGAAUGGGAGGCGCAAAGGUCCAUGUAGCCGAUGUCCCAGCUGCUGCUGGCAGCCUGAGACGAAGAGAGGAGUUGGCCAGCGAAAGGCAGAGCAUCGUGGAGCAAUAUAGAAAGUUUAUGGCUAGCAAAAGAGAGUAA